AUGGCAAAGAGUUUCACCCGUUUGUUUUUCUCUCUAUCUAUCCUCGCCAUUGCUUUCUUGGCUGUUUCCACAGCAAGAUACACACCCAGGCCCAACUCCAGGUUUCUAUCACAGGCCUUUGAUGUGCCUGGGAACUACACUUAUGUCUGUGACGCGUCAAGGUUCGCUGCACUAGGUCUUGAUAUGAAGGACUUUGUGUAUUGUGAUUCUUCACUUCCAUAUGAUGUCAGGGUAAAGGACUUAGUUGAUCGAAUCACGCUAGAAGAAAAAGCAAGGAAUGUUAUAGAUGUAGCUUCUGGGGUGCCAAGGAUAGGAUUACCUCCUUACAAAUGGUGGUCAGAGGCGCUGCAUGGAGUCGCAAACGUUGGUUCGGCGACCUUCUUCGAUGAGGUUGUCCCAGGCGCAACAAGCUUUCCAAAUGUUAUACUCUCCGCUGCUUCAUUCAAUCAAUCACUAUGGAAGACUCUUGGCCAGGUUGUUUCGACGGAAGCAAGAGCGAUGUACAAUUUAGGGCAUGCGGGGUUGACGUUUUGGAGUCCAAACAUCAAUGUAGCGCGAGAUCCAAGAUGGGGAAGGAUCCUAGAGACACCGGGGGAAGAUCCUCUCACUGUUGGCGUGUAUGGGGUUAACUACGUUAGAGGUCUUCAGGAUAUUGAGGGGACGGAGAACACCACAGAUUUGAACUCUAGGCCUCUAAAGAUCGCCUCCUCCUGCAAGCAUUUUGCUGCUUAUGAUCUUGAUCAGUGGUUUAAUGUUGACAGACGCCAUUUUGAUGCAAAGGUGUCGGAGCAAGAUAUGACGGAAACGUUUCUUCGUCCUUUUGAGAUGUGUGUUAAAGAGGGUGAUACCAGCAGUGUUAUGUGCUCCUUCAAUAAUAUCAAUGGAAUCCCUCCUUGUGCUGAUCCAAGAUUCUUGAAAGGGGUUAUAAGAGAACAAUGGAAUCUUCAUGGGUAUAUAGUAUCAGAUUGUUGGGCCAUUGAUACCAUUGUGCAAGACCAGAAAUUCCUUGAUGUCACAAGUGAGGAAGGUGUUGCAUUGAGUAUGAAAGCAGGUUUGGAUUUGGAAUGUGGGCAUUACUACAACGAUUCCCUUGCUACAGCAGUGAGGGAAGGGAGAGUCAGUGAGCAUGACGUCGACAAGUCCCUGAGUUACCUCUAUGUCGUGCUGAUGAGGGUCGGAUUCUUUGAUGGCAUCCCGUCUCUUGCUUCUCUUGGGAAGAAGGAUAUCUGCAAUGAUGAACACAUCGAGCUGGCCAGGGAAGCCGCGAGACAAGGCAUUGUUCUUCUGAAGAACGAUAAUGAGACUUUGCCGCUGAAACCUGUAAAGAAGCUGGCUUUGGUUGGGCCUCAUGCCAAUGCCACUGUAGCUAUGAUUGGAAAUUAUGCAGGGAUCCCAUGCCAUUAUGUGUCUCCUCUUGAUGCCUUCUCUGAGCUUGGAGAUGUGACAUAUGAAGUAGGAUGUGCUGAUGUUAAAUGUCAUAAUGACACCCACGUCUACAAGGCUGCAGAAGCUGCGAAAAAUGCUGAUGCUACUAUUAUUCUGGUGGGUACUGAUUUAUCCAUUGAGGCUGAGGAGAGGGACAGAGAGGAUCUCCUCCUUCCAGGCUACCAAACUGAGAUGGUCAACCAAGUGACUGAUCUCUCCACUGGUCCUGUAAUUCUUGUAGUAAUGUGUGGUGGCCCUAUUGACAUUUCCUUUGCUAAGAACAACCCUAAGAUCGCAGCCAUCCUGUGGGCUGGUUUUCCGGGUGAGCAAGGCGGCAAUGCUAUUGCAGACAUUGUUUUUGGGAAGUACAAUCCUGGGGGAAGAUCGCCAAUCACAUGGUAUGAAAAUGGUUAUGUUGGCAUGCUGCCCAUGACCUCCAUGGCACUAAGGCCAAUCGAGAGCUUAGGCUAUCCAGGGAGAACAUACAAAUUCUUCAAUGGUUCCACUGUCUAUCCCUUUGGCUAUGGCUUGAGCUACACCAACUUCUCCUACUCCCUAACAGCCCCCACAAGGUCGGUCCACAUUAGCCUGACCAGGUUGCAACAGUGCCGGAGCAUGGCUUACAGCAGUGAUAGCUUCCAGCCAGAAUGCCCAGCAGUCCUAGUUGACGAUUUGAGCUGUGAUGAAAGUUUUGAGUUUGAGGUUGCAGUGAAGAAUGUGGGAAGGAUGGAUGGAAGUGAAGUUGUGAUGGUCUACUCAAGCCCUCCAUCAGGGAUUGUCGGAACUCAUAUUAAGCAAGUGAUCGGAUUUGAGAGAGUGUUUGUGAAGGUAGGAAAUACAGAGAAGGUGAAGUUUUCCAUGAACGUUUGCAAGAGUUUGGGCCUUGUUGAUAGUAGUGGUUAUAUCCUAUUGCCUUCUGGUUCCCACACCAUCAUGGCUGGAGACAAUUCAACUUCAGUCUCAUUUCCCUUUCAAGUGAACUACCAUAAUUAG